GGGCAGCGCCCGCGCGGCGGCCCCCGGGCGUGUGGCGGCCAGCGCGCGCACGGCAGGCGGAGGCCGCCCGGCAGGCCGCGCGUGCGGCCCUCCGCAGGGUGGUAAGCAGGGCGCUGGAGGGGCAGCGGGCCAGGCUCGCGGAGCAGGAGCAGCUGCUGGCAGAGCUCCAGCGGCAGGCUCAGGAGAUCAGGCAGAGCAUUCUCCAGCAGGAGGCCAGCCUGGUAGAGCUGGAGCUUCAGCAGGGCGAGCUCGUAGUCAACGUGCCGGUGCCAAUGGGAAGGGCAGCGCCCGCCGCCCCGAGCGCUCCAUGCUUCCUGGGGUUACGCUUGUGGUCCGUAACAUUCCGAUGGCUGUGACGCAGAGGGGUUUGCUUGACCUCAUCGACAGGUGUGGCUUCGCGAGCCGCUAUGACUUCGCCUACUCCCCAACGGACUUCGACGCCGGGACCACAGAAGUGCUUGUCAAUUUCGUCACCCCCAGUGACGCCCGGGAGUUCUCAGAAAUGUGGAACGGGGCGCGGCUGACUGGCUGGGGCUGGACCCGCCGCGGCUAUUCUCGAGGUCGAAGCGUCACAGCUUAAGGGCUACAGAGAGGCCGAGAGGUGGAGCGCGAGCCGGUUGCUCCGCACGCGGAACCGUGAGCUCCGCCCGUUCAUCGCCCAGAGGCCGGCUGCCGGGUGAAGGUUCGGUUGCACUAAUUCCUUGCUGUAGGCGGCUCGGGAGGGGCGGGGGUCAGGGGCGCCGACUGGGAGAGCGUCAAGAGCUCACCUCCACCUGCAUCGCUCGCCUACGGGAUUGGUGUCCAGAGUAUUUCGAGGAGAUCCGAUGGUAUAGAUUGGGGUCGAUGUCAAGUGGUGACCAGCCCGUUGCUUUUGCUGUACUCAACACGUUCGCUGCUGCGUGGAUCUCGGACAAUUGCAUUGAGAAGCAUUCCCCGUGCCUCCUUGGCUGCCCGAGCUGCGCUGAGAGAUUCUGGCACCCUUGGAAGUGCCCCAGGUGAAUUACCUUUCCUAUGACGUAAUUAGCUGGUCACUUCUCGAUUCCCAUCCUCUCGCCUGCUGUGGCGUGCUCACCACCUCCCAUGCCUCGCUCGCCACCCUUGUCGCCACCUGUUUUCCUCGGAACGCUCUCCGUCCUCUCGCUUCUGUUGCCCAGCCGAUCCUUCGCCUGAGACGAGCCCAGACGUGGUCAGAGCUGUCAGGUGUCCGGUUUGGCGGCCCACGUACGGCGGCGCUUGCGGCUGAAGAGCCGAGGCGCGCGCCCCUGGUUGCGCCCGAGGAGUUAGUCCGUCACUCGAUCAUAUCACAUUCAUUCACGUUUAGUGAAGUAUUGGCCAAGCCAACUCAAGCAAGAUCGAAAUACAUGAGAGCAGCCAUGGGUUGGACGCAGUGCAGCCAACACCACGCCAACACCUUGCGGUGGACGUAAUGGCAGACGGUGCCACGGUUUUGUACAGCCUGGUGCUUGGAUUCUCCACCCGUUUCUGAAUUCCUUUGUAGUUGUUUCACAUCAUUAUGUUUCUUUGGCUCUUGUGCAGUUUGGGGAUGUGAUGGUGCGCAUGCUGUCCAAGCGCAGGGCCUGAAUCAGUUCGAGCUGUCAUCAAUGGAUCUGUCGAGGGAUGAUGUAAGUCCGCCUCGGCUAGUUCUUCCCCGUGCUUCCUCAGUCUCAUCAUCCAUGGUGUUCUCUCAUCAUUCUUAUUUCUUCCACGUUUGCUUCACAUUUCAGCGGGCUGACUGUUUGACGCAGGAACCUUGGUCGCUUUGUAGAGAACAUCGGCGACUACUCUGGCGGACUUUACACCGCGAACGGGCAGGCCGCACCUUCGCUGUUCCCAUGCAGCCCAGCAGGCUUUGCCUGAUGUGCCCAGAUCGUUGCCUGACAUCAGAAUAUAUGCGUUCGCGGAGGGUACUCACGUCAUGGCAGGCAGUGGUUUUCGGUUGCAAAAUUGAGGAAUGUGUUGUGGCGUGGCACAGUGGCAUUUCGUUUCAUCAGGCCUUACCGAUCGCAAUCCCUCCUUAACCACAGACUCACACUUCCCCGUCAUGCUUUCCCGUGCUUCCCUGAUAGCCGUCGUUGUGCCCGUGCGGCUUCACAUAGGGAAGCUGGGAAACGUGGUUAGGGCGAGCCCUGGCUGGUUAUCGUAAAGCUUUUCCAGUCUGGGUACGUCUACCUAAUUUUGU